UCAUUUUCCACUAUAAAAACCCAAAACCCCCUCACCCACUUUUCACCUUCCAUUCACACCGCUCUCUCAAACCUACCCUCUCUAUUCAAAUACCAAACCCUCUCUUCUCUCUUCUCCUCGUUCCUAUCGAUCAUGUCGAACUUCAAGGGAAAGUACCAUGAUGAGCUCAUUGCCAACGCUGCCUACAUUGGCACCCCUGGAAAGGGUAUUCUCGCUGCUGAUGAAUCAACAGGAACUAUUGGAAAGCGUCUAGCCAGCAUCAAUGUUGAGAAUGUUGAAACCAACAGGCGUGCUCUUCGUGAGCUCCUUUUCACCACCCCUGGAGCUCUCCAGUACAUCAGUGGAGUGAUCCUCUUUGAGGAAACCCUGUACCAGAGUACUGCUGCAGGCAAGCCCUUUGUUGAUGUUUUGAAGGAAGCUGGUGUUCUCCCCGGUAUCAAGGUUGACAAGGGUACUGUUGAACUUGCCGGAACUGAUGGAGAGACCACCACUCAGGGUCUAGAUGGCCUUGGUGCGCGUUGCGCUAAGUACUAUGAAGCCGGUGCACGCUUUGCCAAAUGGCGUGCCGUGCUGAAGAUCGGCCCCAACGAGCCAUCUGAGCUUUCUAUCCAUGAGAACGCCUAUGGUUUGGCCAGAUAUGCUGUCAUAUGCCAGGAGAAUGGUCUGGUUCCAAUUGUUGAGCCUGAGAUCCUGGUUGAUGGACCUCAUGACAUUCACAAGUGUGCUGCUAUCACAGAGCGUGUCCUUGCUGCAUGCUACAAGGCUUUGAAUGACCACCAUGUCCUCCUCGAGGGUACUCUCUUGAAGCCUAACAUGGUGACCCCCGGAUCUGAUUCUCCUAAGGUUACCCCUGAGGUGGUCGCCGAGCACACUGUCAGGGCCCUCCAGAGGACUGUGCCAGCUGCAGUUCCAGCUGUGGUUUUCUUGUCUGGUGGGCAGAGUGAGGAGCAAGCUUCCGUCAACCUCAAUGCCAUCAACCAGGUCAAGGGAAAGAAGCCAUGGACUCUCUCCUUCUCUUUUGGAAGGGCACUUCAGCAGAGCACCCUUAAGGCAUGGUCUGGAAAGGAAGAGAAUGUGAAGAAGGCUCAAGCUGCCUUCUUGACAAGGGCCAAGGCUAACUCAGAGGCAACUCUUGGAACUUACAAGGGAGACUCUCAACUUGGUGAGGGCGCCUCAGAGAGCCUCCAUGUCAAGGACUACAAGUACUGAUCAGAGAAACACUGGUGGGUAGGGAAUUGUUUUGCGGGGUUGAUUUCUUGUUAAUGAGUACUUUGGUUUGACUAGAAGAAUAAUUGCUCUAAGUUUUGCGUUUUUUUUUUGUUUUCUGGUGUUUCUUUUGAUAAUUUCAAUUCCAGUGUAUUGGUCAAACCUAUGCAAAUGGUUUAGCUGUAUUUGGUUCUUAAAAUACACUUUCCUUAAUGAGGGUCUGAGUUUAUUAUGCACCCCCCGUUUCCGCUUUUA